AUGGCGGGGAAUUUGCCACAGGAUGAAGUGUUGAUAGAGCGAUUCAAUCAACCUAUUCGCGUGGAUGAUUUAAUGACCUUGCGGCCUGGCGCUUGGCUGAACGAUGAAGUCAUUAAUUUCUACAUGAACCUCAUCAACGAGCGUUCAAAGCAAGACGGUCAAUCAACACUACACUGCUUCAAUACAUUCUUCUACAGCAAUUCACUCCUACCAAAAGGCUACGCCGGUGUGAAACGAUUCGCUAAACGUGCAAAAGUCGAUAUUGCAAAAUGCGAGAUGGUCUUGGUACCGAUCCAUCUCGGUGUCCAUUGGUGCAUGUCUGCCGUUAAUCGGCGAGAGAAACGAAUUGAGUAUUGGGAUUCCUUGCGUGGUGGACCGGGUCAAGUGCAUACGCGGUUACGUGAGUAUAUGCGGAAUGAAGAUGCGCAGUUUGCAAAGGAGGAAGAAACGUGGUCAAACUAUAUUCCACCUUCUGAUGAAGCGCCGUUGCAGAAGAAUGGUCAUGAUUGUGGAGUGUUUGCUUGCAGCACGGCUGAAUGCUUGGCGAGAGGGGCGCCCGUGGAUUUCGAUCAGGAGGAUAUGAGGGAAUUGAGGGUACGCAUUGCUGCUAGUAUCUUAGAUGGCAAGAUUUACUAG